AUGGAUGAAACAAUGAUUCUUAUGAAACAAAAAUUUUACGAAUCAAUUGAAAAACGUGAGUACAAAAAUAAUAGUGCUAUUUUAUCUAGUGAAAAAUAUUUAAAUUUGAUAUCUGACGUCAAAAAUAUGAAAAUUAAAAAAACUCAAACCCGUGAUUAUUGGCUUGCGAAACAUUAUGAUUUAAUAACAAUAAAUGGAGUCGAAACAUUAAUUUACCCAUUUAAUGAAAACAAUCCUAAUUUCAAAAUAUACGUUUUGAUAGACGAUAUGUUUGACAUUUUAAACAGUGUUCAUAAGUCAAUCAGACACGGAGGAAGGGACCGUAUGUUAUUUGAACUUAAUAAAAAAUAUAAAAAUAUUACCCAAGCUGAUGUGAAGUUGUAUUUAAAUUUGCGUAUUCCAUGUCAACAGAAAAAAAAAUCACAAAAAAAAGGUAUUGUAGUCAAACCAAUGGUUUUUAACGAUUUUAAUAGUCGCUGUCAAAUUGAUCUUAUAGAUUUUCAAUCACAACCUGAUAGAGAUUUUAAAUUUAUAUGUGUCUAUCAAGAUCAUUUAACAAAAUUUUGUAUUUUAAAACCCUUAACUUCAAAACGAGCAGAACAAGUCGCAUGUGUGUUAUUAGAUAUUUUUUGUUUAUUUGGUGCCCCCGCUUCUCUUCAAUCUGACAAUGGUAGGGAAUUUUGUAAUGAACUAAUUAAUUCAUUGCGUGAGAUGUGGCCUGAUUUAAAUAUCGUUCACGGGAAACCACGGCAUAGUCGGUCGCAGGGCAGUGUUGAACGAGCCAAUCAAGAUAUUGAAAACAUAUUGACAACUUGGAUGCAAGAUAAUAACACCAAUUAA